AUGAAUAAAAUUUUAUCAUUAUUUUUAAUAACCAUAUUAUUAAUUUCAAAAGUUAUGUCAUCAAGCGAAGAAUGUAAACUUUGUACUGAUUUUAUGUAUGACUCAUUAAAUGAACUUAUUGAAAUUGCCAUUAAUGGUGGAGUUAUUGGUAGUUGUGGUGCUCUUUGUAAUAAAUUAGGUAUUGCUCCUUUAUGUAUGGUAUGUGCUAUUGCCUGUGAUGCAGUUGGAAUUAAUGGUUUUAUGGAUUUAUUACAAGAUGUUUUCCCAGAUCCAAUUUACAUUUGUGAAAGUGUUAAAAUGUGUCAAUACAAUGAUAAAGCAAAUGCAACUAUUACUGAAGUUGUAAUUAAUCCAAUGAGUGGAAAUGUAGGUGACACUUUCAAAAUUGGUGUAUCAUUUAAUGUAACCAACACUAUUGCAACUGGAGAAAUUUUAUGGAAUGUUGUUGACCCAAGAGGUUUCCAAUUUGGUGAAACUGAAGUUAUAAUUGAUGCUGCUCCUUCAAUUUACGGUGCCGCUUUCAGUUUCCAAGCAACUCCUUCUGAACAAGAAGAAUUCCCACCAGGUGAAUACCAAUUACAAAUGCAAAUUUGUGAAGGUACCUGCGGUUCACCACAUCCACAUUCUUAUAUUUUAUCAAAUCAAUAUUUAAAUUUCACCAUUAUAUAA